GAAUCAGAACAUGGCUGCUGCCAUGGAGCUGAGAUGUUGGGGAGGAGAUUGGGGUUUGCCUUCUGUCCACACCGACUCCCUCAUAGUUCUGGCAUACGCCAGAUUUUCUGGAGCAAAAGUCUCAGUUUCUCCUAUAGACUGGACAUGGAAAACUAUAACAGCGAGCGUCCCAGAGUUGCUCUGUGGAGACACUGUAGUUCAAGAACCUGCACAGAUUCUUAACUUCAUGAGAAAACAGAGGUUUAAUGCUGAUUAUGAGCUGACGGCCAGACAAGGAGCAGACACGAUGGCCUACAUCGCUCUGCUUGAAGAGAAACUGCGUCCAGCUCUGUUACACACUUUCUGGGUGGAUGCAGAAAACUACUCCAAUCUGACGCGACCGUGGUUUGCGUCACGCUCGCCAUUCCCACUCAACUUUUUCGUCCCAGGUCACCACGCCAGCAUCGCCCUCUCUCGCAUCCUCCUAACCAAAGGAGAGGCGCCGUUACACACAAUCUCUGAGGUGGAGGGAAAGAUCUACAGUGAUGCUAAAGAGUGCCUGAACCUCCUCUCCUAUCGACUGGGAACUGCUAACUACUUUUUUGGCAACUUGCCAACCAGUCUGGAUUCCUUCGUGUUUGGUUUUGUGGCACCUCUCGACAAAGCAGACCUUCCCAGCAGUCCUCUGCAGAGCCACCUCAGACAGCUGGAAAACCUCACGCGCUUUUGUGACAACAUCCUUGCAGUUUACUUCAGUUCAGAUCAGCCUUGUCCUCCCCCACCUGUUCAGGAAACGGUGGAUGCAAACCUGCAGAAACUAACACAGCUUGUAAACAAAGAGUCCAACUUGAUUGAAAAGAUGGAUGAUAAUCUGCGCAGUAGCCCACAGCACAAACCCUACAGAGCAGACCCCAAACCUGGUCUGUCCAGUGCAAAGAGCUCUACUCCUGCCUAAAACUCACUGAGGAGCUCCCUGUAAAUAAAACAAGCUUUGAGUCAAGCUGAACAUCCUGAAAAGGAGGAG